AUGGGUCGCACACUAGCUCCAUUCGCAACAUCCGGAUUUAUUCCCGCAUACGGGUUCGGCGAUGCCAAAACUGGCGAUCGGUCGGUGUUCAAAUUGAAGGACGAUGGCGAAUGUCGCAAUUUGGAUGAAGUGCUCAGGGUGUACAAUAAAGUGACACCAACGGUCAGCUUGAGUGGUCCCACGAACUUCGCGCCUGUCAUCUACCAGGCCAUCGAAAUUUGUGAAGCAGUCCAAGAUUACCAUAUUCUGGUAAUUGUUGCUGAUGGUCAAGUGACGAAUGAGAAGGCCACUCGAAAAGCGAUUGUUCGCGCAUGUCAAUAUCCUCUGUCGAUUAUUGUGGUCGGUGUAGGUGAUGGACCAUGGGAUAUGAUGAGGGUGUUUGAUGAUUCGCUCCCAAAACGUCCAUGGGACAAUUUUCAUUUUGUUGAAUUCCACGAUGUGAUGCGUAAGGCGAAAGGUAUCCAAAGUGGUGAACUAUCAUUCGCGAUUCAAUCGCUUCUCGAGAUCCCAGAUCAAUACGGUAUCGUCAAACAACUCGGUCUCGUUCGUGGAUCGAAACUGCACUCUAAGGCGAAGUGA